UGAUUAUUAAUUUUUUUCUGUAACUUAACAUCUCUGGAGACUUCAUCAUCAAUAUGCAUGAGUCGUGAGCUCCGGGCUUCCCCCGUUUCCCCUUUAUUGAUCAUCGUCUGUGAACUCUGAGCUGCUCGGAUUGCAGCCAAUAGUCAGAUGAGACAACUCCAGGACCAUGUCUCCAGAUAGACUGGCAACGUAGCAUUUAUUAUUUUUAUUAUGGUUAUAGUAACAGACACGGGUUCAUUAUGGAUGCGAGCUCUAGGUUUAUCUUAACCGUCUGCACGCUGCUGCUAGUCGCGCGCAGUGACGGCUCUCCGUUCACCGACUGUAUUCAAGGCAAAGGGAAAGCUGGCUUUUACGAGGGAUUCAUAGACGUGACUGAAUCGGGUGUAAAAUGCAUGAACUGGAGCGAAGUGCCGGGUGUUAUAGAGCGGUAUCCGGGGAAAGGGCUUGGGGAUCACAGUUUGUGCCGAAACCCGGACGGUAGAAUUCGGCCGUGGUGCUUCUUCCCAAACAGCCGUGGACGCAUUGACUGGGGCUACUGUGACUGCAAACAAGGCUCUUUAAGGUUGCAAGGUGGCAAAUCUAAGUUGGAUGGCACAGUUGAAGUGUAUCUGAAUGGUGUGUGGGGAACCAUCUGCAGUAAUGGAUGGGAUGACAGGGAUGCCGCUGUGGUGUGUCGACAGCUGGGACAGGGAUAUAAGGCACAUGCACGUGCAAGUCCAUUAUUGCGUCUGGCAGUGUCUGUAGUUCACUGGCAGACUGUGGGAUGUGAAGGAGAUGAAGGAGACUUACUGCAGUGCAGUCGGACCGUCUGGAACGGAGGAGACUGUAUAAACCACCAGGCGGCUGCUGUCUCUUGCACCCCAGUGGAAGCCUCAGUGUUUGUCCCUGUGCGUCUCGCUGGUGGUCCAUCGGCGCAUGAGGGCAGAGUUGAGGUGUAUCAUGCAGGACAGUGGGGGACAGUGUGUGAUGACCAAUGGGACGACAACGAUGCUGAGGUGGUUUGCAGGCAGCUGGGAUUAGGGGGCAUUGCUAAAGCUUGGGUGGGAGCGUAUUUCGGACCUGGCUCAGGCCGUGUGCUAUUAGACGAAGUGAGCUGCACGGGAAAUGAGUUCUCCAUAGAACAGUGUCCAAAACCUGUCUGGGGGGAACACAACUGUGACCACACAGAGGAUGCUGGAGUCUCCUGCACCCCACUUACAGAUGGUGCCGUGCGUCUGGUAGGGGGGGUGAAAAGUUUUGAGGGCAGACUGGAAGUUCAUUACAAAGGCCAGUGGGGGACCGUGUGUGAUGAUGGCUGGACCCAAACCAACACGCAGGUCAUCUGCAGGCAGCUUGGCUUAAGGUCAGGUGAAAGCGUAUCACCAAGGAGGUUCGGAGUGGCAGUGGGUCCAAUUUUGCUGGAUGAUGUCAUAUGUACGGGCAAAGAGCCUGCUCUUACACACUGCAGUCGAAGGGGCUGGAUGAAACAUGACUGUACUCACAACCAAGAUGUAGCCGUUGUGUGCAGCUCCCAACGCUCCAGACAUGGCGCGCCCACCAGUGUACCUGUGAGGCUGGUUGGCGGAGAGAAUGAGAGAGAGGGGCGUGUCGAGAUCCUGAUUGGUGGCCAGUGGGGGACGGUUUGUGAUGACGGAUGGACAGAUCAGGAUGCAGAGGUGGUUUGCAGACAGCUGGGCUAUAGGGGGCUGGCAAAAGCUCGUGUAAUGGCUUAUUUUGGAGAAGGCGAUGGACCUAUCCACAUUGAUAAUGUAGAGUGCAAUGGUGGGGAACGCACACUGGCUGAUUGUAUCAAACAACCGUAUGGGACGCACAACUGUCGACAUAGUGAAGACGCUGGGGUUAUCUGUAACUAUGGCUUACAGAAGGAUGCACCUGUUGUGAAAGAGGCAGUGAGCACCAUGUGUGGUCUAAGACUUUCUCAUGCCCGUCAGAAGAGAAUAAUAGGAGGGGAGAACUCUUUACGGGGAGGCUGGCCGUGGCAGGCAGCCUUGCGCUUACGUGGUUCUCAGGCAGAUGGACGCUUGGUAUGCGGAGCCACUUUGAUCAACAGCUGCUGGAUCCUCACCUCAGCUCAUUGCUUUAAGAGGUAUGGUAACAGCACUGGGCUAUAUAAAGUUCGUGUGGGGGACUUUCACUCUCUGGUACCCGAGGAGUAUGAGGAGGAGUAUGCUGUGGAGAAGAUCAUCCUUCACCCACGCUACCAUGCUAACAGCAACGACUAUGACCUGGCACUGGUGCGUUUGUCCGGCCACAGAGCUCAUGGAGGGGGGACCUUGGGCGAAUGCGUCAGGCUGAGCCGUUUUGUCCUGCCCGCCUGCCUACCGGUUCGGAGAGAGAGAGCGCCAAAGGGCAUUUCCAACUGCUACAUCACAGGCUGGGGAGACACAGGUCGCGCAUAUUCAAAAACCCUCCAACAGGCUUCAAUUUCUGUGUUGAGCAAGCGUCAGUGCGAGCAGCGCUAUUCAGAUCAAUUCACCAGUCGCAUGCUGUGCGCCGGCUCUUCCCACGACGACCACCGCGUGGACAGUUGCCGUGGAGAUAGCGGUGGUCCAUUGGUGUGUGAGAGGUCAAGCGGAAGUUGGGUUGUAUAUGGGGUCACGUCAUGGGGUCACGCUUGUCGACUGCAGAAUGCACCUGGCGUCUACACAAAAGUCUCUGCCUUUGUGCCAUGGAUUAGAAAGGUCAUUGGACUUCUGUAGGAACAUUUUUGUCAAACAUUCUGAGAAAGUGGACAAAGAAAUGAAGCACAUUUUAAAGAAACUUAAGAUUAUAGUUAACAUUAACUGUAUAAUUUCUUAAACAUCGUAAAUGUGACGUAAGUCUUACUUAGCAUAUAGUCAAUGUAAAAUUAAACUUUGCACUGAAGUAUUUUAUUUUAAAGGGACAUUUUGAUAGCGAUCCAUUUAUUGGUCUAGAAUUGGCAUCGUUUAGUGUUUUCUUUUAUUUCUAUUUUUAAAUGGAAGCACUUCUAGGUUGAAGGGACCACAAAAGCAAGAAAUGUCUUAAAGAAUGGGACUCCUUACUUGAUACUAUUGAGCACCCCCAAAAUUGAAUGUUUUAUUUUGAUAUAGAGGGGUUACAAGAAUGCGCUGACGUCACCUCAACCAACAACAUCACCUCAACAACACAUUAGGUGACAUCAUAUGUAACACAUCAGAUUUUGAGCUUGCCGCAUCCCAACACAAAAAGUCUGAAAGUAAAAGAAAAACACAUAGCACAUAUUUAUACACACUCUUUUUUAAAAGUAGGAGAACAGGGGGAUCUGUAAAUUAUGUGCAGUUGCAAACCUGUUUACAAAUGUUUAUACCUCCUUGUUUUAGUAAGGAACAAAUGUCAUCUUAACCAUUAAGAUUUUGAAGUAAACCAAGUAUGUUUAUAA